AUGUUUGCAAGGCUCAGUAAAAAAGGAAACCUUUUGUCAGCGGCUCUCCUAGCAGCUCUGGCAUCUCGAGCGCUUUCUAGAAUUUUCGGAUCCUUGAAUGCCGUCCAAUCGCCGGUCUUCGGGAGAUCUUUGAACCACUCGUUGCAGAAAGCCGUUAGUUUCGGACAUUCAUAAUGCUUUCUGGCUGGUUUCUGCAGUUUACCUAUGUCAUUCCAAAGAUCAUCGUACAUGUCAAUCACAUCUGGAUAGUCGACAACCUUCAUUUCUAUGAUCGCUUUCCAGACCUUCGUUUUCACCGGCGUGGUGCUUGAAGUAGCCCAAUUCGUUUGUGAUAUGAUGCUCAAGGCGCCCUUCAGUUGGUCCCUGGUACUGUCAGGGUUUGUCAGAGUUGGUAGAAUGUCGUCUACGAUAGUUUCUCUGGCGAUCGCGUGUUCGGAAAAAAGGCUCGAAAACACUGCCAGUGCCUCAUACCUCACCUGAAGUCAGUUUGCUGGCUCCAGUUGUGGAAAUCUCACUUUUCUGAGACCUACCUCAGAAUAAUCGUUUAUAAUCAGUUUGGCAAUUAUACGAGCAACUCUCAAAUGGAAAUCUGUGAACAUCUCAGAGGGUAAUUCCACCACGUUUCUCAUGUGAGCAACAUAGGCUUGCGAUUCGAGAACAAAUAUAUGUCGCUUUCUUGAGAUUGGAAUAGUCAUAUAGGUGUAGAUGUCACCAUGCUCCCCCACAGCUGUAUCCAACUGGUGCGAGUCAGCAUUAUUGCUGUGGAUAAUGGAGUGAAGGAUCUUGCAAAUAGUGCAGAGAACUUGGGUAUGUUCGCGUUUUGAAGAAACGAGACGUUCGGCAACUUUCUCCAAGAUGUUCACAAGAUGUUCGCAGAAGUUCUCUCCUGACGGAGGUCGGAUAUCCCAGUGAAGUACAGAUGGAUUCUUAGAAUCGGGUUUAAACCAAGGCACAACACUGUGCCGAGACUUGAAUUCAGGAGAGGGCGGCAACGCGAAACAUGUUAUACCUCCACUGAACCCGAAGUUUAUAAUAGUAAGAGCUUUCUUCAAGGACUCUCUAUCCAUGUUCUCAUCCUUCAACGACUCGACAACAGGAAAUAAGAACUUGUUCAGCAGUGCUUCUACCAGCUGCUUUCCUUUUUCACUAGGUACAUACCACGCCAUUUUUGCUUCAGCCAUUUCAUACAUUCUUCCCCACUCAAUGUAAGCAACUUUACUCUUGCAUUGCAGUAGUAACGAGAUCAUUUCGAAGCAGAUAUCCUUGUUGUCAAUGUAAGUCUCAUUAGUGGUGGAUAAUAGGGAACCAGCUAAGGAGACAAACCACUGAACUUUCGUUUCAAGAUCUUCCGAAGCCUUGGCUUCUACUAAAAAAAAUGUUUCGCAGUAAUGGCAUAUUUCGUAUUCGUGAAUAACGCAGUCACGCAUCUGUCAAUAGCCUUUUUCAACACUUUCUCUUCCUCACUCUCUUUCGUCGACUCGUCCUUGAAAUUUCCCAAUGCGGAUGAGGAGUCUUUGGGAGCCGUAAUGGCAAGGCAUUGAAUCACUGCGAGCAUUCGGUCUAAAGCCCAUUCGGCUAUUACAGGUAGUCUGGUUGACAGCAAGCAAAGCGAUUUCUCGUCUGGGGUCAGAUCCGUGUGGUGCUUCACGCAUUCCGAGUAGUCGAGUAUGGGUACAAUAUAAAAUAUCAGAGUUAGAUUGUGAAUUGCGAUGUUUGCCUUUGAUACGUCGUUGAUAUCAAUUCCAGCAAUAAGGAUCUCCAAGAAAUAGAACAGGUGAAAUCGGAAUGUGGAGAAAUUGUUCUUCAAUUCCCACUUGUUUUCAGUCGAGAGCUUUUGAAGUGAGUGCCGUGCAAGUGGAGAGUCUGGUGAUCGAUGGUUGCGAAAAAAUUUGGCAAAUCGUCGCCCCAUUUCUUUCCCAUCUCGGCAACUUCAUACAUUUUCCACAUCGUUUGGAACCACAGUCCCGCACCAUAUUUCUUGUGAUCCUCUGUUGGCAUUCUAAUAUUAAGAAACAACAGAGCCAUCUCGCAAAACUCCUUGGCUGA